AUGUCUAAGAAAUGGGAAAAAGCACGGAACGGAAAAUGGAGCCCCACCCAUCCCCCCUCCAACCAGAGCGCCACCCAUCCCCCCUCCAACCAGAGCGCCACCCAUCCCCCUCCAAACAGACCGCCACCCAUCCCCCUCCAACCAGAGCGCCACCCAUCCACCCUCCAACCAGACCGCCACUCAUCCCCCUCCAACCAGAGCCCCACCCAUCCCCCUCUAACCAGAGCGCCACCCAUCCCCCUCCAACCAGAGCGCCACCCAUCCCCCUCCAACCAGACCGCCACUCAUCCACCCUCCAACCAGACCGCCACCCAUCCACCCUCCAACCAGACCGCCACCCAUCCACCCUCCAACCAGACCGCCACCCAUCCACCCUCCAACCAGACCGCCACUCAUCCCCCUCCAACCAGAGCGCCACCCAUCCACCCUCCAACCAGACCGCCACUCAUCCCCCUCCAACCAGAGCGCCACCCAUCCACCCUCCAACCAGACCGCCACCCAUCCACCCUCCAACCAGACCGCCACUCAUCCCCCUCCAACCAGAGCGCCACCCAUCCACCCUCCAACCAGACCGCCACUCAUCCCCCUCCAACCAGAGCGCCACCCAUCCACCCUCCAACCAGACCACCACCCAUCCACCCUCCAACCAGACCGCCACCCAUCCCCCUCCAACCAGAGCGCCACCCAUCCACCCUCCAACCAGAGCACCACCCAUUCCCCUCCAAACAGACCGCCACCCAUCCACCCUCCAACCAGACCGCCACUCAUCCCCCCUCCAACCAGAGCGCCACCCAUCCACCCUCCAACCAGACCGCCACCCAUCCACCCUCCAACCAGACCGCCACCCAUCCCCCUCCAACCAGAGCGCCACCCAUCCACCCUCCAACCAGACCGCCACCCAUCCACCCUCCAACCAGAGCGCCACCCAUCCCCCUCCAACCAGAGCACCACCCAUCCACCCUCCAACCAGAGCGCCACCCAUCCGCCCUCCAACCAGACCGCCACCCAUCCGCCCUCCAACCAGACCGCCACCCAUCCGCCCUCCAACCAGAGCGCCACCCAUCCGCCCUCCAACCAGAGCGCCACCCAUCCACCUUCCAACCACAGCGCCACCCAUCCGCCCUCCAACCAGAGCGCCACCCAUCCGCCCUCCAACCAGACCGCAUUUCAUGA